GCCUCAGUCAGUCAGUUCAGCUGCUAACACAGACUGAGAGCACAUGUUAUAUAUAGAGCACACUCUCAGAGAGGAGAACUGAUUUAAAUUCAACUGAAAGAAAGACUCUCUCUCUCUGUCUCUGUCUCUCUCUCUCUCUCCCUCCUCAGUUCUUACUCUUAGUCUCUCGCCCGGUGAGCUCACAGACCAAACUUGGAGAGGACGAAGCUCCACACCGCUCCGUUACUGCGCCUCCAACUUUGGCAAACGGUGUGUAGAAGAAAGAAACUACAGAGGGACUUUAAAGGACAGAAGACAUUUCUGAGAGAAUCCCAUAAACACAGAGAUUUCGUGAGAGCUGUCGGUGAACUCAUCAAACAAGACUGGAGCCGGGUUUUUUUUUGGGUGUCUGAACAGCUGUGACACAUCUGGCGCGCUGAGACCAGGUAGAAAAUGCGAUCCAGGAACUGCACCAUGGAGGGUCCAGAUGACGGACAGAUCCAGCCCACUAAAGGCUUCAUCAAGCAGGAAGAGGAGAACACAUCAGAGCUCACAAAGAGGAAGAUGAAGGUCCAGCGAGAGGAGAAGGACGGGAGGACGGCGGGGUCAGCUAAGAAACUUCAGAAACCUGCAGAGAGCAGGAAGGCAGCAGCAGCACGGGAUCUGUCAAAGAGGGACCUGCUGCACCUGCUGGGAAUCAUGGAGGGAGAAGUUCAGGCCAGAGAGGACAUCAUCGGUCUGCUGAAGUCGGACAGAACCCGACCGGAGGCUCUGGAGGCUCAGUACGGCUUGGCCUACCCCACCAAACCCCUGCAGGCCCUGCAGAGAGACGGACUGCUCGCCCUCCACAACAACCGCACUGACGACGUGUACGAGAAACCCAUGGCCGAGUUGGACCGUCUGGAGGACAAACAGAAGGAGACGUACAAACGCAUGUUGGAGCAGCUGCUGCUGGCAGAGAAAUGUCACCGGCGCACCGUCAUGGAGCUGGACAACGAGAAACGCAAACACUCAGACUUCAUGAACAAGAGCGACGACUUCACCAACCUGCUGGAGCAGGAGAGGGAGAGACUCAAAAGGCUGCUGGAGCAGGAGAAGGCCUACCAGACUCGUAAGGACAAGGACCAUAGCAGGAGGCUGGAGAAGGUCAGAGCGGAGCUGGUCAAGCUCAAGUCCUUUGCCCUGAUGUUGGUAGAUGAGCGGCAGCUGCAUAUCGAGCAGAUCGACCAACAGAGCCAGAAGUUCCAGGACCUCACUCAGAAGCUGCAGGAGAAAGAGCAGCGUUUGGCAGCGGUCGCUGACAACGCCAAGGAGGACAGCCAGAAGGUCCUUAAGCUGGAGGCCGAGCUGGAGCACAGGGUGGCUAAGUUUGCACAGGAACACGAGGAGAUGACGGCCAAACUGGCCGACGAGGAGUCCCAAAGCCGACAGCUUAGGCUAAAGCUGGCCGGACUGGCGCACAAGAUCGAAGAGCUGGAGGAGAGCAACAAGGCGCUGCAAAAAUCCGAGGAAGACCUGCAGGAGUUGAGGGAGAAAAUCAGCAAAGGCGAGUGUGGGGAUUCAUCUCUCAUGACCGAACUGGAGAAUUUGCGGAAGAGAGUGCUGGAGAUGGAGGGCAAGGAUGAGGAGAUAAUCAAAGCAGAGACUCAGUGCAGGGAGCUGAGGAAAAAGCUUCAGGGUGAGGAGAACCACGGCAAGGAGGUGAGGCUGGAGGUGGAAAAACUGCAGAAGAGAAUGGUUGAACUGGAGAAACUGGAGGGGGCUUUCAGUAGGAGCAAAACAGAGUGCUCUCAGCUUCAUUCAAACCUGGAAAAAGAGAAACGCGUUGUGAAGGAUCUGGGCGGUGAGCUGGAGACGGUGAAGACUCGGCUGAAAGAACUAGAGUGCUCUGAGUCAAAGUUCGAAAAGGCAGAAAUGGCCCUCAAAGACGAUCUUAUGAAGUUGAAGUCCUUUACAGUUAUUCUGGUAGAUGAUAGGAAGAACAUGGCGGAGAGACUUAGACAGGAAGAACAGAAAAGUGAUGAUUUAAGUAAGAUGUUCAAAGCAGAGCAGGGCAAGGUAACAGAAGUCACAGAGAAGUUGAUUGAGGAGAGCAAAAAACUUCUCAAAUUCAAAUCAGAAAUGGAGAUCAAAAUGACAACCCUCAUCAAAGAGAAAGACGAGUUGAAAACUAAACUUGCAAGUGAAGAGGGAAAGUGUAGGGAACUAAAUACCAAGCUAGGUGGUAUGGAAAUAAGAAUGGACGGACUUGAGGAGAAUGAGAGGGAAACACAGAGAAAGUGGUCCAACAUGGACAACCGAAAUCCAGAUGAAGACAACAAAGUAAAAGGGCUCACGCUAGAAAUUGAAAGACUUAAAAGCAGGCUCAAACAACUUGAGGUAGUAGAAGGAGAUUUAAUGAAAACAGAAGAUGAGUAUGAUCUAUUGGAGAAGAAAUUCAGAACAGAGCAAGACAAAGCGAAUACCCUUUCUAAGCAGCUGGAAGAAAUGAAAAGUCAGAUCGCCAGAAACAAAGCCAUAGAGAAAGGCGAGGUCACGAGUCCAGAGGCUGAGCUUAGAAUUCGCUGCAAGAUGGAGGAGGCUAAAACCAGAGAGCUGCAGGCGGACGUCCAGGCCCUGAAGGAGAAAAUCCAUGAACUGAUGAACAAGGAGGACCAGCUCUCCCAGUUGCAGGUGGAUUAUUCUGUUCUCCAGCAGAGGUUCAUGGAGGAAGAAGAGAAGAAGAUGAGCAUGAGCCAUGACUUUGCCAACCUUACCAAGGAGCUGCAAGCCACAAAACGCUACAGUUGCGCUUUGAGGCCCAGUUUGAACGGUAAGAGGAUGGUUAAUGUCCCGGUUACCUCCACCGCAGUGCAGACAGAUGUGAUGGCGAGUGAGGUUGCUGAGGACGACACGGCGGCCGGCUUUAUCCGGAAAUCAGUCCUUGAGGAAAACCACUUAAUGAGCAACUUAAGACAACGGGGUCUUAAAAAACCAACAGUUCUUGAGCGAUACCCUCCAGCUUCAGCGGAACUCGGGGCAAGAAAAUCGUGGAUACCCUGGAUGAAAAAGAAGGAGGCCUUCACACUCACUCAGACCACUUCUGACAAGACAAAUCGUGCAUCCUUGCUUCAUCCACCGGAGAUGACCAAACCAGGCCAGCCUCUGCACAUCCGCGUGACCCCAGAUCAUGAGAACAGCACUGCCACCUUGGAGAUCACCAGCCCCAGAGCCGAGGAUUUCUUCUCCAGCACCACCAUCAUCCCGACCCUCGGCCUUCAGAAGCCUCGCAUCACGAUCGUCCCUAAGCCCACAACCGUGGCCUCAAAGAGCAAAAACGAUCUGUUGGGAAGUCUUGAUCGCACCAAAUCCCCGGUCACGAUAACCACCAUCUCCAGGGCCAAGAGUCCGGACAAAAACAACGGCUGCAGCUCGGACAGACAUCAGUCGCCGGUGUCCAUUAUCACGGUCAGCACCACUCCUGUGGCUGAAGCAUGCGCUUCAUCGGAGCCUCACGACAUUACCGCAAGCCGCACGGUGAUCAAGAUGACCCCAGAGAAGCCACCUGGGCCAACGCCUUUCAGGAAAUACAAUGGCAACAGCAACAUUAUCACAACAGAGGACAACAAGAUCCACAUCCACUUGGGUCCACAGUUUAAGAGACCUUCCGAGGGCUGCGGUGGUCAAGUUCUGACGCUCAGAAGUUCAGAAAGCAGCAAGGAAAUGUCAACAGGAACGGUGCUCCGCUCUCCACGCCAACUGUCGAUGGGGAAGAUGACUCAGAGCAAAAUGACAAGCAGCAUAACAAUCACACCCAUUACCUCGGCAUCCUCCAGGCCGACACAGUCAGUGCCCAGUUCGGAUGUGCAGCCAGCUCGGAGCGCGGCCACGCGGAUCCCACUGUCAAAAGGUAUGAAACCGAGCAGCAAGGCGCUUCUGGGCGUAUCGACGGUGACGAGGUUAGAGUCGCGGGCAGAGAGCCAGUCAAUGAAAAUCGAGCUGAGGAAGUCAAUGGUGUGCAGCUCUGCCUCUGUGGCAGGAGGCAAAAACUGAAGCACAAGAGCGCUACCAUGGCAACAACUCAACGUGAAUGCUUCAUGAUUGAGUUUGUCACUGAAUCUGCCGCCAAAUAUGAGUCACAGGCCACAUCAGUAUAAAUACACAAAUGGGACUGUGUGUGUGUGAUAUUCCAAACACUUUUAUUUCAUUCAGACCUUCAGUUUGCAACUUUACAUGUUUCAGGAAAUAUUUUAUGUAAUUUCAAAGGCAGGUUUUAUGUUAUUUUUAAUUGCCACUGAAGCACCUCUUUGCAUGUCUCGUUUGCAUUGGAGUGCAUGUUGAUUAACUUCAUCUUGGUGAUAAUUUUGGCCGCAGCUCUAGACUUGUUGUCAUCAUUUACAUUUUUUCAUUGCAUGUGUUUAUUUCACCAUCGCUUUUGGGAGGUUUUUCCACUGAAUUGUCGAUUUGUGACAGGCACCAAAAUAAAAAAAAUAUUUAUCUCUGAACCAA